CAUUGUGGAUGAGAAAGAAGAUAAACGGUGACUUACAAUCGAAUCUCCUGGUGGCAAGAAAGUGAUUUUGUGCCCUUAGUUCUUUUAUCUUUUCCUAAUUCUUAAUUAACCCCUGGAUUUGAGAAAAAGGGGAGAAAAACACGUACAUCUAAUAUAAAAAAAUAAAUUUAUUUGAGGAGGUAUGGGAAGAAAGCUUAAAUUUAGGCUGAAUAUUUGGCUAAGGAGAAGAAUUGUAACCACUCUUUCUUCCCCUGUAGGUUCAACCACCACCUACCCUUUUUUUUCCUUGGCCAACAAACGAUGUUAAGUGAAACAAUGAAUUCAUUUAUCCGCACCUGUUAGUUUGUAUCAUGCUCUCUCUCUCUCUCGCCCAUUAAGCUUUAAGAGAAGCUUCCCACACGAUUCCAUUUCAUGACCAAAAAAUUUGGGUAUCAGGGUAGAGGUCAAGAAGGUCGCAUAUGGUGGAAUAGCUCCGUCAUCCAUUUUCACAGAACUUAUUGUAGGACCUAUAUACCCCUAUACAUAUAUAUAUAUAUAUAUAUAUAUAUAUAUAUAUAUAUUCCACCGUUGGCUUUCUAUUUAUGUUAGUGUAGGAUUUACAUAUUAUGAGAGAACAGAGACGAGGGAUGAGAUAGUUUUAGGCGGAGGCGCCUUAACUUGUUUCAGUCAUUUCAAGUCUAAAAAGCCCAAGCAGCGGCUUACAUUGUCCUUGUAACUCUUCCUCUCUGUCUCUCUCUUGACCUCUUUUAACUCUUUCUUCUUGGAGUGUAAUCAGCUAUUGAGGCAGGGUUGGGAAGAGGGGUUCUCUCAAAUGGAUGUAAUGUGCAAAAUCAGAUCGGUCUUAACAUUAAUAGGAGGAGUUCUGAACAAGGCUGUGAGCUUCAUUGUCUUCUGUUUUCUUGACCUUGUUGAUUUCAUUCUAUGCUUUGUUUACAAAGUGGUUGACUUCUGCAUUGAAGCUGAAUGGAAGCCUUGUUACUGCUCCUCUGCUAAAGAAGCCAUCACUGGCAGCGGCAAGAUCUUAGUCUCGGAACAGGGCGAGUCCAAGAUUGUUUGCCUCACUCCAAGCAAGUUACAGCUGGAGGACAUUUCAGAUACCCUCUAUUCACGUCCUUCUCUUGUGACCGAGGUCUCAAAGCUGACCGUCAAUGAGCUAAAGAAGCUCAAAUUGGAUGGCACCAUCAUACAAUCUUGCGAGAAGACCAAGAAAGGAACAGUGCGAUCAACGUUCACCAUUAACUCUACCAUUGUGGAAAUGCUUCAGGGCAAGAUGGUUGGGCAGCAAUUGCAUCCCAUUCCUAGAUGGUCUGAUUGCGAUUGUAAACUCUGUAAUUCUUGGACCUCUUCUAGCAAAGACACCCUUUUUGUUAAAGCUCAGGGACCAAAAGAUAAAGCACGAGAAGAUGUGUUAUUCAUUCAUGGUUUCAUUUCAUCAUCAGCAUUUUGGACUGAAACUUUAUUUCCCAACUUUUCAAGCACUGCUAAAUCAACUUAUCGGUUGUUGGCAGUUGAUCUACUGGGUUUUGGAAGAAGUCCUAAGCCAACAGACUCCCUUUACACCUUAAGAGAACAUGUGGACAUGAUCGAAAAGUCCGUGCUCGAAGCAUACAAAGUUAAAUCUUUCCACAUUGUGGCUCAUUCCUUAGGCUGCAUCUUAGCCCUUGCUAUAGCUGUAAAACACCCUGGAUCUGUCAAGUCCCUCACCUUACUUGCACCGCCAUAUUAUCCAGUGCCGAAGGGUGAACCAGCAACGCAAUAUGUUAUGCGAAAAGUAGCACCCCGACGAGUGUGGCCGGUGAUGGCUUUUUGUGCAUCCAUUGGUUGCUGGUACGAGCACAUCACCCGGACGGUUUGCCUGGUCAUAUGCAAGAACCACCGGCUGUGGGAAUUUCUCACCAAACUUAUCACCAGAAACAGGAUCAGGACUUUUUUGCUUGAAGGGUUCUUCUGCCACACCCAUAACGCCGCCUGGCAUACUCUUCACAACAUUAUUUGUGGCACCGCCAGCAAGCUCGACCGCUAUCUGGACGCCGUCCGCGACCGGGUAAAAUGCGACGUUACCAUAUUCCACGGCAAAGACGACGAAGUAAUCCCGCUGGAAUGUAGCUACAAUGUUCAAAGAAGAAUCCCUCGUGCUCGAGUUAAGGUUGUCGAAAACAAAGAUCACAUUACAAUCGUUGUGGGUAGACAAAAGGCGUUUGCCAGGGAGCUUGAGGAGAUUUGGAAGCGAUCAGGCAGUGAUUAAGACCUUUAAUUACACUCUGCUUUUCUGGGCCAAAUUAUAAUUAAGAGCAGAAAAAUAACAGUGUUAAAUCUGCAUGUCCAAUUGUCAAGUGGGUAAAUAUGGCAUUAGAUUCAGAUUGCGGGGUUUUCUGUUUAAUUCCUCAAAAGAUCUGUCAAAGUCAAUAUUUUAGGCCAUGUGAGAUCGUUGCCCUCUUAUUCGAUCGGGUUGUGAAAUGCAUAAUUAAUUGUAAUCAUAUGAAUUUUUAUAAGAAACACAAGUGUCAUAGUAAACAUCUGCCAAUUAAAUACUUCCUUUUCUUU